AUGAUUUUUGACAUUAAUCGUGGAAUUCAUGAUCAGCGACUCUACAAUCUUCCAACAGCGAAUGAAUUCGCUACAGUUUUCGUAGGUGAGAAUAGUGAAGUUCCAAUAUAUCGAUAUAUUGCUGUUCAUCCAUGUGGUCAAGAUCCUCAAACUAUUUCAAUCUUACAUCCUCAUUGUGAUCCAAUGACUUAUUCUCUUCUAUUUCCUCGCGGAGAUAAAGGAUGGUAUUCAGAAUUGGAAAAAAUUGAUCAAUCACGAAAUCGAAAACGAGUAUCAAUGCUUCAAUUUUAUAGUUAUCGAUUGGCUAUUCGUCAAAAUUUCAGUGCCAUCCACUAUGGAGGAAAAUUAUUCCAGCAAUAUAUUGUCGAUGCUUAA